GAGUAACAGAACAAUCUCAAAAUAUUUACAAGACAAAACUGAACAAGCUACGCGGUAACCAGGGGCUAAACAACAAGGAUGCAGGAUUCGAGAGUAAUCGGCCCCUGAUACUAAUGAAUAAAACGCCCCUGAGACUAGAGAACGAUGAACCAGAAAGAUUUGAGAAGAGUGGCCGAGGUUUAAACCAACUACCGUUAAAUAUCAACUAUUUAGAGAAUCUAAGUGAAUCUGAUCUGUUUAAUAUUCUACAGAAUCUAGAGGAUCAAGAUCAAGAGGAUCAACAUCAAGAGGAUUAUAAUGAGUUUGCAGUGCCUGGUUCAGAAGAGGAGGAGUUUCCCUCUAACCUUCUUGAGGAUCCAGAAUUUUGGUCGGAUGAGGAGAACUCAAACAAUGAAACACAGAACCAAUCUCAACAGAUUACAGCUGAAGUUCAUGCACACAACCAUUUCUAUUUAAUAUUGGGAGAAAAUGGAUCCGUUCUUGAACUUCCGGGUUUAACAAAUACAGAUCCGGAUACAGCAGUUCAGUUAGUUUUGAAUGCCAGCAGUGGAAUCUCUACGAGCGAAGACUUUUUUAGUUCUACUCCUCUUAGUAGCCUGCUGGGUCUUAACCCUGUUAAUGUACAGUCCUCCCCCUGUACACCAGACAUGUACAACAUGUAUCCAUCCCAGAACGUGCCUCCUAUUGUUCUAACAACUAUAUCUCCUGCUGAAGGAGGUACUACGCCCCCUUCUCCUUCUCCCCAGACUACUCUACCCCCUAUGGAAUAUCCUCCGCAAACUCCUGAAACCUUAACUUUUGGAUCGUCUUUGAUCACCACACAAAAUGAGACAGUAGAGCUGUCCUAUAGACCUGCAAGCCAAGCUGCUGAGAUACAGAAAGUGCAAAAAAGGAAUGGAGUUUUCAGUUGUAACGAAGCAUCAUCAGGUGCUACGACAAACUUUGUAAAUGAAAACUAUCCAAACUAUAAUCAUGAACUGGUGUGGCGGAAGACGAUCUGAGUCUGAGCCGGAUACAGAGACUCGGCUUUCUGUCACGCAAAGGAUCUCCUCAUCAAGGUUCUAGAGCUCACCCAUCCUCUACCAUCAGCUCCAAUCUCUCUAGCAGUAGACGCCUCAGACUCUCAUAUGGGUGCUGUGUUGCAGCAGAGGAUUGACGACGCCUGGGUUCCGUUGUCCUUUUUCUCCAGGAAGCUUUCAGAGACGGAAAAGAAAAACUCCGCCUUCGACACAGAACUUCUGGCUGCCUACCUAUCUAUCAGACGACGAGUCUAUAUAAAUACUUUAUUAACUAACUUAAAACUUAUUUGUAAAUUUAAGAAAUCAAAAUUAUAUAUAUCAUGGUGACGUGGCAGAACUGUUGCUCUUCUUGCCGCGUCUCUGUAUCCGGCUCAGACUCAGAUCAUCUUCCGCCACAUUAGGAUGUUUUCUCCAGAUCGAAACUUUUGUGUAAAUGUCGUGAUUUCGAUAUCAAAUGUGAGGAUCAAUGCUCUAUUAAAGUUAUUC